UAGCCGGAGGAUGAGCCAGAGAGAGAAUCUGGAGAGGAUCCAAACUCAGCCUAAACUCUAUGUAAGUCUACAGUGCUCUGAACCCUUUGAAGCCAAAAACAAGAUAUAUAUGGAAAAGAGCAAAGUUCUCGUGGUUGGGGGUACAGGGUACAUUGGUAGGAGGAUUGUUAAGGCUAGUUUAGCCUUAGGACACACAACCUAUGUCCUUCAGAGGAGAGAGAUUGGCCUUGACAUUGAAAAGCUACAAAUGUUACUUUCCUUCAAGGAGCAAGGGGCUCAGCUCGUUGAAGGCUCAUUUUUUGACCAUCAAAGCCUUGUGGAUGCAGUGAAACUAGUCGACGUGGUCAUUUGCACCAUGUCUGGUGUGCAUUUUCGGAGCCACAAUAUUUUGAUGCAGCUCAAACUUGUUGAGGCCAUCAAAGAAGCCGGAAAUAUCAAGAGGUUCUUGCCCUCGGAGUUUGGUACAGACCCGUCACGAAUGGACAAAGCUCUUGAACCUGGAAAAGUCUCAUUUGAUGAGAAGAUGACAGUGAGAAAGGCAAUUGAAGAAGCUAAAAUCCCCUUCACUUACGUCUCCGCUAACUGUUUUGGUGGUUACUUUGCCGGAAACCUAGCUCAACGUGGCACUCUUGUUCCUCCAAGAGACAAAGUAGCCAUAUAUGGAGACGGCAAAACUAAAGUGAUCUAUUUGGACGAAGAUGAUAUAGCGACAUACACAAUCAAGACGCUAGAUGAUCCUCGUACCUUGAACAAAACAUUGUACCUUAGGCCACCCGAAAACAUCCUUACUCAACUGCAGUUAGUUGAGAAGUGGGAAAAACUUCUGGGUAAAAAACUGCAGAAGUUUAGCAUCUCUGCAAAAGACUUCCUAGCUUCCAUGAAAGUUAUGGACUUCACAGAACAAGUAGGAGUGGGGCAUUUCUAUCACAUUUUCUACGAAGGUUGCCUCUCAAACUUUGAGAUAGGAGAGGAGGGAAAAGAGGCUUCGGCGCUCUAUCCUGAGGUUCGAUACACUCAUAUGGACGCAUACCUGAAACGCUAUCUGUGAUUACAAGUAGUACAGCUGUAGAGCUUAUAUAUUUGAACACUGGUGGUUUCUGAAAACCUUUCAGAAGACAAGUUAAUAAGAUACCAUGUUCAUGUCCAAUAAAAUUUUCAUUGUGAUUUGUGUUUUGAUUUCACUCAUGAGCUAACAUAUGUAUAAAACAAUACCCAAGUUUGUUUUCCUACUUCAGCCCUUGGGGCUAUUUGUUGCAGCUUAAUCUAAGUGGAAAGUUGGUGAUCUAUUAAAUA